AUCAGUUGAUUAAAUGAGUCAAGUCUGGUGUGCUGCUGUUUGGUUGGAAGAAAAACCUUCAGCCACACGGCCCCUUUGUGGACCAGUUUGACACCCCUGGCAUAGAGGAAGCUUUUAUUGUGGAACAAACCAUCUGAUCGGAAGUGUCCUUUACAUUAGAAGACGUUGAAAACAAAGGCUUGCUGGUGGACAGGCCUAAACAGUCUUCAAAAUAAAAACACCAACGUCCUGCUGUAAGAUCUUGGUAUUAAUUAGAACGAUUAUUAUUCCAUAAGAUCAUGAACAUACUUUAUAUUUGCAUUUGGUUUUGAAUCAAUUGGCCGUAACAUGAAGCAGUGUUCCUUGGUCUGUAGAUUUAGAGAAAUGACGCUUUUAUUCUGAAAAAUGAAAAAACCCGACUGGAAGUGAAGAGUCUUGUUCGUGAUAACGGAACAGACACAACAUGAUGACAAGUUCCUGAUGUAGACAGAGAUCAUGAAAUCACGGUCAAGUUGCCAGAAAACCGUGUGAACGAGAAUGUCGAGCUUUCUGUGGAGUGUGGAGCAGGUUCGUGAGAGCUAACGGUACCGCACAGAGCUGCUGUCAGCCCGGUGUGUGUGAGCGUUAGUGGACUAGCCACAGCGGGGAGAAGCAGCCAUCCGACCGGACACUCCUAAAAAGCCAGUCGGGACAUGUGAAAGACUGCACGGCUUUCACAGGGAACACAACUUGACCCUGGUCCGGGUCCAGACGGGACCGUGGACCGUGGGGAUGGCACACAUGUCUUUCCAGUCCCAUGAAUGAUGCUAUCAGAGGUGGAAAGUGUUUUUCCACAGCGGGUAGGAUACCUGUGCUGCUCCACGGAGAUGUCGGAUGCCCAUACACGUCAGCAGCUCCUCAGACAAGGCAGCAUUCAUCCGCCCGUUCACCGCACAGCUCCGCUCCUCCUCCGGUAAACAGCCAUGGCUCUGAAAUCUAGGAGACCGUGGACGACCGUCAUUUUCGCCGUCUUUCUUGGAUUCACCGCGUCCUCUUGGCUCAUUGUGCCUCAGGUUUUGGAAAGUAAAAGAAAAAAAUCUCCGGUGUGUUUGUACUACAGUGACUCCUCCGUCGGUAAAAGUCCCGACAUCCUCGAGAACACCGCCGGUAUCAGAGCCCGGGACAGCCCGCCGUUUAGUCCGGAGGAGGAGCGUGGUAACAGCAGCGGAGAUGCCGGGAAAGCCGUUAACAGACCGAACAGUUUCCUCUAUGUCGGCGUGAUGACCGCCAAAAAAUACCUGCGGUCUCGCGCCGUGGCUGCGUACAAGACGUGGGUGAGUUCCAUACCCGGGAAGGUGGAGUUCUUCUCGAGCGCAGGCUCUGGCACGGUUCACGUGCCCGUCCCAGUCCCGGUGGUUUCGCUGGCAGGUGUGGAUGACUCGUACCCGCCACAGAAGAAGUCAUUCAUGAUGCUCAAGUACAUCCACGACCACUACCUGGAUAAAUACGAGUGGUUCAUGCGGGCAGAUGAUGACGUUUACAUAAGAGGUGAGAAGCUUGAGUUGUUUCUGCGGUCGCUGAACAGCAGUAAACCACUUUACCUUGGCCAGACAGGCCUGGGCAUGGCUGAGGAGUUGGGCAGACUGGCAUUAGAGCCUGGUGAGAACUUCUGCAUGGGAGGCCCUGGGAUGAUCUUCAGCAGAGAGGUGCUGCGCAGGAUGGUCCCUCACAUUAGUACCUGUCUGAGGGAGAUGUAUACCACCCAUGAAGACGUGGAAGUGGGCCGCUGUGUGCGACGCUUUGGAGGAACACAGUGCGUGUGGUCCUAUGAGAUGCAGCAGCUCUUCUAUGAGAACUAUGAACACAACAAGAAAGGUUUCAUUGAAGAACUUCACAGUACUAAGAUCCACAAUGCCAUCACACUCCACCCCAACAAGAAUCCUGCAUACCAGUACCGACUCCACAACUUCAUGCUGAGCCGCGAGAUCUCAAGGCUCCGUUACCGCACCAUCCUGCUCCACCGUGAAGGCCUGAGUAUGAGUUACCUCAGUGAUACAGAAGUACAGUGGGAGGAUCAGCAGCUCGGGUCCCCACCUUCAUACAUGCUGUAUCAGCCUAAUGAAAGAAAUGAUGUCAUUGAGUGGGAUUUCUUGACUGGCCGCCAUUUUUAUUCCGCUGUUGAGAACAAGAUGGCCCGGCAAAGCCUUGGCAACUUGUUUCGGACUGCACUAGAAGAUAUUAUACUCCAGGUCAUGGAAAUGAUUAAUGAGAAUUCGAAAACACGUGGUCGUGUAAUUGACUUUAAAGAAAUUCAGUAUGGCUACUACAGAGUGGAUCCAAUGCAUGGUGCAGAAUACAUUUUAGACUUACUGCUUCUGUACAAGAAACACAAAGGACGCAAAAUAACAGUGCCUGUGAGGCGGCAUGCUUACCUUCAGCAGUCCUUUAGCCGACCCUUCUUUAGUGAAAUUGAAGAAUUAGAUGUGGCUGAACUUGUGGCUGCCAUCAACUCUGAAUCCCAAUCCCUGUCAUUCCUGUCCAACUCUCUAAAGUUCUUGUCACCAUUUCAGGUCUACGAAUCAACCAGGGAGAUGUGGGAGCAAAGCCAGAGAAAGGUCAACAUCCUUGUCCCAUUGUCUGGUCGCUACAACACCUUUGUCCGCUUUAUGGAGAACUUUGAGAAAGUGUGUUUGAUACCCAAGCAAAAUGUAAAGCUAUCAAUCAUUCUGGUGGACAGUGAGAGUGAUCAAAACAGAGGAAAACACCUUCAGUUAAUUAAAGACUACUAUGGAAAAUAUCCCAAAGCUGACCUGUCGCUAAUCCCCAUGACAGGCAACUUCUCACGAGGACUGGCUCUAGAGCUGGGCUUCUCACAGCUUGAUAAUGACACUCUACUCUUCUUUUGUGAUGUUGAUCUUAUUUUUAAUGGUGAAGCCUUGCAACGCUGCAGAGACAAUGCUAUCCAAGGGAAACAGGUCUAUUUUCCUGUUGUCUUUAGUCAGUACAACCCCAGGGUAGUGUAUUCUGAAAAGGCACCAAGAGAAAACAAAUUUGUCCUCACCAGGAAAAGUGGUUUCUGGCGAGAUUAUGGCUUUGGAAUCUCCUGUGUUUUCAAGGGUGAUUUACUAAAAGCAGGAGGUUUUGACACCUCAAUCCUAGGCUGGGGAUUGGAAGAUGUAGACUUGUUCACUAAAGUUAUUAAUUCUGGUUUAAAAGUAUUACGCAGUCAAGAACCAGGGAUUGUCCAUAUGUAUCAUCCAGUCCACUGUAAUACAAGUCUAGAUCAGAAGCAACACAAAAUGUGCCUUGGGUCAAGAGCAAGUACAUUUGCAUCGACAAUGCAGUUAGCUGAGCUGUGGCUGGAGAAACACGUAGGGUACAACAGAACUUCAUCCUGACAUCCCAGCCCUGCUGGACAUGCAACUUUACCUCAGUUCUGCUUGAAUGCAGACUGUGGGUAUGUUAGAAUGUGACUGUGGGUCAGAGGUCUUCAUAAGAUAGAACAUUUGAUCAAAAAAGGUCCCAAGACUAUCCUAUCCAACAGGGCUGGACCUGGAGUCUUGUCUGCACCCAAUUUGUUGGAUCCAGUGCCAAAUCAGCUGGGAAAUCCAUGAUGAAAUACAAAUUGGCAGUUAGUUGGUACAUUGACACUGUAUUAUAUAUUUAUUAUUAACUGUGUCAGUCAUACAAAUAUAGAGCUUUGGGACCUUUAUUGCAGUUCCUUGAGGUUUGGGGUUGAUUCUAAUUCAGCACCAGUGUCAUUUUAUCAUGUAUAAAUGAUUAAGAGAGCUUGGGAAUUAAAAAAAAAAAUGAGUCAAAGAACAAGCCCAAAAUACCUGAUUGCUGAUUCCAAGUAAUAUGUAAUCAUGGCAGGAAAUGAAAAUAAAGGAAAAAUAUUAUUAUAGUCCAAUCAUUAGUAUGUUGGAGGUUAUAGCCAAAGUGCUGCUUUAAUGUGUUGCAGGUUUCAGUGCUGAGCAGAAACACUGCUUGUAAGUCAGUUAACUAGUGAAUUAUUAUAAUGGAAUGUGGAUGGCUGCUGCUCCAUGAGCAGCAUUGUUUGGUGCAUUACACAGUCUGUACACAAGUGUGUGUGUGUGUGUGUGUGUGUGUUUGUACGUGUGUAGAGGGAGUUGGCUCGCUUUAAUGUGCUACCUUAAUCUACCUUAAUCUCCAAGUGAAUUUUUAGACAUUCCAUCCUACAGACCUGACGCCGAAGCUGUGUGGUUUAUGCCAAGAUGACUCCUGAUGUGCUCCUGUACUAAUGUUAUUUAACCUGUUCAGCUAUUUCUCUCAUUUUCACUCGUCCACUUCUUUUCUCUAUUACCCGUGGUGCUAUCAUUCGUUUAACUUGUUUUUAUUCAAACCCGACCAUAGGGAUUCAGCAGAUUACUACCAUCCUGAUAGUGUUUUUAAAGAUUGUCGGUUACUGAGUCUCAUUUCCAGGUUGUCCAACACACCAACCCUGGUGUUACGGUAAACAACAACACUCAACAAACAACUAUGACAACCUCUGAAUGAGACAGUUGCAAACUGCUCAUUGCAUUUAUUAUAUUAUUCAUACUGUUAAGACUGCUGUUUGAUGAUCUAAUGAACACUUCUAAGUAUACUGACCACAACAACAGAGAGCUUUUUUGUCAUUCAGUUCUACAAUGUUUUCUUAGCCAUUACAGGACUGUAAUUAAUAGUCAUCAUGUUACCUCUUUCUUACUGCCGUAGUUAUUAUGAUGUUUACACUUCUGCCUCAGGACCAUGUCUUGCCACCCAGUGCAUUGCAGCUUUUUGCUUCAAUUGGUUUCAGCUGCCUGUUAUAAAAAGGAAUAGUCUGCUAAAUAACCAUUGGAACAAACUAGCAAAACAGCUUUAAAUUAGCCUGGUUCUGAUAAGAGUAAGGGUCAUGCUGUCACAUGACAAAAUCAUUUUGAUUACUGCAUACCAAAUUAUUUAGUUUUAACAGGAGACUUUUUUUUUGUUGUAACAUUCAUUAUAAACUGAGCAAAUGUUUUGUCAUGAGUGCAGCAGCUGUUUGCAGACCUCCUGUGUUCAGCAAUAGAAAAAAAUCAAUAAUGAAAUGUGAUCAACAGCUAAAGUAAAUGUAAUAAUAAUUAUGUAAUUGGAAUUAACCUGUAGCAGAUAUACAGUACAGUUUGUGGCACUAGAACAAAAGAUCUUAAAAUUACAACAUCCUUAUCCCACAGUUAUGACAUCCAGCUAUUGUAAUAGGUUUUCUCAUAAUUAUGAGAUACUCAUAAUUACUUGGUAUAUAUUUUUACUUCUGUUAAUUUAACUGUGGAUGGUCAUUUGCAAAGAUUGUGUCAAGAGUAAUAGUCCAUGGUUUUGUUACCUAAGCAUAAUGGCUUUUAAGUCUGCUAGCAAUAACAACUGCUGAACUGAAUAUUUGUAAUAAAUGUUUACAUACAGA